AUGCGCGACGAUGGUGUCCGCGGAGCGCUGUUCUUCCGUCCGGGUAACGACAGCGGACAGCCACCUCCGGUCAGCGACCCGGCGUGGAGUCUGGGGGACGGCGGGCAGUGGAAAUCUGCCAACGAUUACCCGGUAUACGCACUAUCAGGAGCCCAGGGAGCCUCUCUACUGCAGGUCCUGGCGUUGUACUCUGGGAACAUGUCACAGGUCCCCCAUGGCAAGGAACUGACGCAGUUAUACGACCCUACCGACUCCGUUCGACUCUAUGCGGAUCUCGACCUUGCUGCAUCAAACGGCAUACCUUCCUUGUGGGUGUUCUUGAUCAUCGUCCUGGCCAUCCUGCUCGCCGUGGUGUUGGCCAUCUCCAUCGUCAUGCACGUGAUUCAAAGGAAACGCCGCCGCCGCCUUCAGCGUAGGGUAGCGAAUGGCGAAGUCGAUCUAGAGGCCCUGGGAAUUAAGAGGCUCAAUGUACCGCCAGAUCUGGUGGAAAAGAUGCCACAAUAUACUUACACAGCCAAUCCGGAACCGGACAGUCAGGCCGAAGCAGACAAAUCUGUCAAUGCCGGCGACAAGACCGCGACCGGAAGACCUGCGCCCGGCCCUGCGGUGCAUGAAGUGCAUUUCUCUCAACGGACGUGUCCAAUCUGUCUCGAUGAUUUUGUGUCGGGAGAGACCACCGUCCGAGAACUCCCCUGCAACCACAUUUUCCAUCCGGAAUGUAUCGAUCCCUUCCUCCGGAACAACAGCUCACUUUGUCCCAUGUGCAAGAAAUCGGCCCUGCCACCCGGUUAUUGUCCAGUGCAGGUUACGAAUCUGAUGGUGAGGAGAGAGAGGUUGAUCCGACGGACCAUGCCGAGCAACGUCCCAGAACUGCCGCCGGCCGAAGACCCGGACAGUCACCCUGGUGCCUUCGCGGCAUUCAACAGGAGGUUCCGAAGGAUGUCGGUGCCUCUAGCACAUAGAACAAACCCGUAUGGGAGUGCAGCGGGCGGUCACGCAGCUGCCUCGGAGAUGCACUCGAUCCGAAGCAACAGGGACCCGACGGUGGACGAAGACAUGCCCGCCGACAUCCGGAACCAGGGCGUCUCUGCCAGGCGAGCGUGGCGACGAGAAAGACUCGCCCGUCAGCACGGUCGGACUUAUGACGAACAGGCGAACGAAGCAAGAGCGCUGGACGUAUCAAGACCAUUGUGGCGACGGAUCCUGGGUCGGUUUUUCCCAAAUCUUGAAUGA